AUGAUCUUUCAAAAACUACCAAUCAUCUUUUUAUCUGUAGUACUGCUACGCUCUACCUUUAUACAAGCACUUCCCGUUCCGAGAGUUUCUGGUGGUGUCUCCCACCCAAGUCAAUCCUUAAACCCACCCGAACCAGGUCGAUUGAGACAAAGAGAUCCAUCGAGUACAUUCGGACAACCUCAUGAAACCAUUUCUCAUCAGAAUCGUAGUCCACCUUUACCGGUACCAAGUCAUGCAAGGAAAAGAAGUCCAGUAAAGGAGCCAUGGCUUCUUGAUGCUUCCGGAAAGCACAAUAAUGAUCAUGAUAAUGGAUGUGAUGGAGAUUGCGAUAGAUUGGUCGCACGCUCACUAAGCAGACCUGAUCACCUUAUCAGACAAAGAAAUCCUUCAGCUCAAGGUUUGUCUUCUUCUGCUUUCGAAAUGCCUGAGAGCGACAAUAGCGGUGGGGGUAAAGGUGAACACUUGAUCCGACGUCUGCUGAAAGAAGCCCUUACGAAUGAUAAAGAAGAAUCUCACUUUCCCUUUUCCACUACUACUUCUCAGUUUGAUACUAAAGAAGAGAUUAUCCAAUUGAAGGAUAAAGUCAAUCUGUCUUCUCCCUCCUUCAAUUCAGAUAAAAGGCAAACGGAGUACUACCUAGCUUUUAUGAAAACGAAGUACACAUGA